GUUGGGAGUAGCGCGCGAGGCGAUGCGAGGCAAAGCGAGUUCGGUUAGUGUGCCCGGCCGACGUGCAUACUUUUGUUGCAAUUCAGUUUAACUAAAAUGUACUAUGGAAGCAUUUAUAGAAGGGGUUCGUGCACAACCUUGCCUAUGGAAUCCUUUGCACCCGGAGUAUAGAGAAACACAAGUGAAAGAUGAAGCUUGGCAGCAUGUUGUUGAUCACUUUAAGAACAGCGCGAUACCUAACAUACAUGUGGCGAAAACAGAAUGGAAAAAGCUUCGUGACAACCACAGGGACGCUUUGAAGAGAGCGAAACUUGGUAAAAACAAAUUACUACCAGCUCAAAUCACGACAUGGAAAUAUGCUAAAGCGAUGCAGUUUCUUGAACCACAUAUGAAAUAUCGGAUCACGGAAAAUAUUGAGAUGGAGCCUCCUCCAGCAACGAGCUCCAAAAAUUCUGAACAUGACGUUUCUACCACGAAAAAAUCUGAUACACCUCCAUAUAAACGAAAGCUAAUUGAUCAAUCAACAACAUACGAGAGUCCGAAGAUCCGACACGACAUAGACGCACUGGAGUGUUUUUUUAACUGUAUAUUUCAAAGCACAAGAGAAAUGCCACAAUGGAUGCAAACGCAAGUAAAAAAGAAAAUAUUCGCUGUAGUCAUAGAGGCCGAGGAACUAUUGUCUUCACAAGAAGAGAUUUCUAAGGAACAUAAUGUAAAUAAUAGAUUGUCAAUAGAAACAAAAAUAAAAUGUGAAGUUUUUACGGACGACAGCUGUGAUAAUGUGUAUUAGAACUUGCGUAAUUAAUUAGUUUGGUAAUAGUAUAAAUAUCGCUUACAAGGCGCAGAUUCGUCCUCAACUAAAUUGCCAAGAGAGUAAGCUAUUGUGUUUUGCAGCGGACGUUUAACACUGAAUAAUCUUAAACCUGUAAACGACGUAUAAAUUUAAGAAUUGCACGUUGUUGUUAAUAAAAGAAAAGUACGUACGUAUCUACCUAUAAUUGUAAAUUAAUGUUCAC